AUGUCAGCAACAAAGACAGUGACGCAGUCAGGCACUGCUGUCGGGAAGCUCACACUCGCAUAUGAUGAUGCGAUCCACCAGAAGCAUAUUGCCCUUGGACAGGAUUUCCAGGUUCGUGUCAAGUGGGAAGAGGGCACAGUCGCGCUGUGGGAUAACCGCGUCACAGCCCAUACUGCCAUCUCUGACUUUGACAUUCACAACCCACAGGAAGGACUCCGCCAUGGAGUCCGACUAACAACCCAGGCGGAUAAGCCAUCGGGCGUGAAUGGACUCGAAUUGAAAGCAGUCGUUUGUCCUCUUUACCAAUUCAACAAGCUCUUGAGCAAAGACCGCCAAGCCUCAGAUGGUAAACAAAUGCUGUCGCUCAACCAGAAAGAUUUAUUUGAAGUCUUUUCUUCAAUGGAAAGUGCCAUGGCACAAGCAUGCCAUAUAUACUCACUACCAACAACUAGCAGUCCCCUUGAUAGUAGCGGCUCAGAUUCAGAUUCAUCAUCCGACGAUCUCAACAGAUUGCUAGACAAGCUUCAAAAUACUGUGCGUAAGAUUCCUCCAUAUUCCCUGGGAGAGAACUCUUUGACAUGGGUGUACUUCGUUGCGGCCUCAAGGAGCCGACGCCUCGACCACAACGCCUUUUUUGUCGCUAGGCUUGCAGAGUUACUGCAACGUAUUGGACAUGACAGGGUGAAUGAGCUAUUAGCGGGACUAAUUUGA